AGAAGAACCGAGACCAUGAAGAACGCCCAUCCGAUCGUCAGCGCGACGACUUCCAGUCCGGUCGGUCCAGAUUCCACGGAUCUCGGCGAGCCGGCGGAGCCGAUCAUCCGGCUGAAGCUACAGAAACCGCUGCACUGGGAGUGGGAACUGACGACGUCCGCCGACGCGCUGCCCGUCAUCCAGCUGUUGGACAAGAAUGGCCGGUUACUGGUGGAGACCACCGGCCGAACGGCGCAGCGGGCGAAAGGCUCCUUCAAGGAGGGCCUGAGGACUCACGAACAAUUCCCCGUCGACGAGUCCAGGGCUAGCUCGAGGAGCAAGGACCAAACCUCCUCUUCGUCGACGCCGUCCACCGCGUUCGUCGUGACGCCGUUUCAGAGUAAUCGCAACAUCGACGGCUUCAGCAGCAAAUUCGGCACGUGCAACUUCGCGCCGCGAAAGUCUCGCAGCGAUGUUAAUAUUAAGGAGGGACGGGGCAAAAAGAGACACUCGUCGACAGUGGAAGAUCCGACGAUGAAGGCGAAGCUGGAAAAAAGCAUCGAAGAGGCGGCGACGGGACACAAGAGGUACUCCGCCGGAGAUUAUCUCCGACAGCAAAUCAUGAACGAUCUACGUACACGUAGUACAUUCGGGAGAACUCCGGAUGAGGUCGCCAAGGACCGAUGCCGAAAGGUCAAAGCGUACCUGAGGAGUCAGAGCGAGAGUCUGCUGAGCCUGGUCCGCGAGGAAGAAUACAGCGGAAACGAAGCGAAGGACACUAACGGACCGAAUGAGAAGAGUCUCCAAGAUCGUAAUGUGAAGAGGAACAAUACGGGCAAUUCUGCAGAAAAGAAUUCGAAUGGAGAAAACAGAAAAGUAAGAUCAUAUUUGCGAGCCCGAAGCGCCUUAAUCCCGACGAAGGACUCGGAGAGUCUCGAACCAAGCGAAGAGGAUAGAGUCAUUGGCAAGAUAAAGGAUGACAUGAAUGAGGAGGAGCUGGCGAGAAUCAGAGCGUUCCUACGUGAAAAGAUACAGAGGCGAAUGAAUAUGGAACAGGCAUGUUCGAAAUUGGCCGUCCGCGCCAACGUUCCGGAAACCGUCGAAAAAGCUGGCAUCAGGAAAAGAUACUCGGACUACAGUCACGAGGAGAAUCAGAGGAACUACAGGACGCGAAAGGUGCGCAGCGAGACGAGUAUUUUGCGAUUCAAUCCCGAGGUGAUCGAGAGAGAGAAGCUAAAGGCCAACAAACAAUUGGAGAAGGAGAGAUCGAUAAACUGUAAAGGCUCCUCGGAGGACUCUCAGCUUCAAAGACAGUCGCGGAACUAUCGGCGCUCGAGGAGCGAAGCCUUGGUCCAAGCUUCGGAACCGGAUAAUCGAUCGAAAUUGCAGCUAAAGAGAGAGUCGUCGAGUCUGGAUAGGAGGAAGGUCUACCGAAAAACCAAGAGCGACGUUUUGCUCGGGCAAAUGACGACGGUGGCAGCUAACGUAGACAGCGCCGGGGACCUCGCAAAUCCCCUGAGACAUAUAAAGAGCCAAGAGAAUGUGGACAAGUCCUGGCGGGAGUACAAAGAGCGAAAAAGAAGCGAGAGACUCCGUCGGGAAUCAGAAAGAGAAGUGCCCGAGGAGGACUUCAUGAGCAAACCGAGGUGGAAGGACCUGCAACGCGAUCUCUGCUUCUCGCGCGACUGCAAGGUCUGCCAAAACUCAAGAAACUGCGUGGACCCGCUUCGCGAUCGUGACGAGCAAACUCGUCAGGAGAACGAAGAGCCGUUGAUGAGGAAAGGGGCCGUCGCGAAAGUUUCCGAAGACGAGACUUCGUCGACGAACGGCAGCAGACCUGGCACCAGCUUGCAGGAAAAUUACUUGCUCGUCGGGCAGAAGAACGAGAGCGGCCGCCAAUCGCCGACCAUCGCCAAAAUUCAAGUGAAAAAUCGCGGCAACGACAUUGGCACUGCGUCCGCGUUAAAUGUCAAUUCCCCGGACUUCGGGUACAACUCGAUUCCUUCGAGGAGCGCCUUCAAGGACUACCGGGAGUUGUACGCACGCUCGAAUGUGAAGAAGAGCGACACCUUCAAAAUUGUCGACGGAAGCGAGGAUCUGGAGGAACGCGCGAACGACUCGAAGAUAAGCGGUGUCGACGGUUCCGAUAGCGAUUUCGGCUAUCUGAACGGCAAGAUUUCGCUAGCGAACAAAUCGAACGAGGAUAUCACUAAGGAUUACUUCAGAAGAGUUUACGAACUGCUGAAAAGGCGGCAAGAAGAGACGACAAAAUCGACGAAUGGAGGCCACGAGUUUCCGGGCCACGAUGACUUUUCGACCUCGAAUUGUGUCGAGGAAACGCAAAAAAAGAGGAAUCGCCGCAGGAAAAAAGACAAAAGCCCGCAAGGUGAGGAAGUGGUGACGGUGCCGUCCACCAGCAACGGUCAGGAGAGCUGGAAAACACAGAGGUUGUCCGUAAACGGUGAAUCGCCGCAAUCGAACAAUCGUCGCCGGCCUCAAUUGCAACCGGUCGUUUCCGGCGGUAAGAGGAACCGGCCGGCGCCGCCCCCGCCGUCGCAGCCGACAUCCUGUAGGGUCAAUGCCAAGGACCGGAUCGACAGAUACUUCGACUGGCCGAACAAAGAGAACACGCCCGGAAAUGCCGUGAACUGUCGCGAGGAGGACCAGCAAACGAAUCAAAUCCAAGUAACCGAGGAAUCGAUAAUGGGCUCGAAUCUGAGCAGACAUAAUGGAAAGGGCCUCACUGGCCGGCGCACUCAAUCUUCGGGGAAUCUGUGCGACCCCAAGGGGAAGCUCAACAGUAUGGGGAAGAUAUUGGUGCCCUGUUCCAGCGCGCAGAGAGAAAGGUACAAGUUUUGCGGCUCGCUGCCAAAUCACUUGGACGAUAAGGACACGCUGGAUGACGAUCGACGGGACAACAACAACGUCUCGUCCGAGAACGUCGGCGGCAAUUUCGGCGGCACGUUGCCGCAUAAGAAACGCUCGUUAGGAGUGCACUUCUCGGACAGCGGGCCGACCGGCACUUUGGAUCUCGUUAAGCACCGAUCGCAGGACUCUUUGGACGAGAACGAUCCUUGGAGGUAUCAACAGAGCGACCUCGACCUCGUGCGAACCCGUCACGGUAACUUCGAUACGGUCAAGAGAAAUCGCAGCGCCGACACCGUGCUAGCCGACUCCGGCAGGAGAUACGGAGGCCGCGGCGUGUCCUCGGAGGACAGAUCCCACCGGAACUCGGACCUCGACCUAGUCGGCACGCUGCCGAAGCGCAAGCAGGACGCCAGAAACAGCAGCGGCAGGAGCAUGGGGUCCAACUCGUCGUCCUCGCAGCCGUGCGUCACCAACGUUCCCGGCGUCGGGGACGACCUGCUGAUGAAGAUGGUGCACAAGCCCGACUGCGAGCUGCUCAAGCAUCGCCAGCAGCUCGCCAAGUGCGUCGAUCUGAAGCUGAGCAAGCUGAGCGGCGAGCCGCAGGACCAGGGAUACGCGUCCGAACGUUCGCCCGAGGACGAGCAUCCGCCGUCGUUGCCGGGCCAGCCGUUUCCAAAUGUCACACCCGAGAGCACAUUCCGAGUGACGCUACAGAAAAGUAGUCGCGGUCUCGGCCUGAGCGUUUCCGGCGGCGGCACCGCGGGGCCCGUCAGGGUGAAAAGGCUCUUUCCUCAACAACCCGCCGCCUUGUCCAACAAACUUCAAACUGGCGACAUACUGCUGGCUGCCAACGGAAUCCCGCUGACUGGCCUUACCAAUUACGCUGCUCUCGAAGUUCUGCGUACGACGCCCAGCACGGUCGAGCUGGUGGUAUGCCGGCUUCCAGGAGAUAGUAAUGUCACGCCACCCGGUGCACCGCCGCCACCCCCAGUAAGACGAGAGCCACCGCCGCCGUUACGUUUACUUAACCCUCUGCCGCCCCUGCAGAUCGAGCCCUGCGGCGAGUUUGACAUCGAGAUGACAAAAGUUGAGGGCAGUCUCGGUUUCACUUUGAGGAAGGCAGAUAGCAGUGCCCUGGGCCACUACGUGCGCGCACUAGUCCGAGAACCGGCUCUGAGCGACGGCAGAAUUCGGCCGGGUGACAAGAUCGUCGCGGUGGACGGUGAGCCGUUGUCGCCGAUGAGCCACGAGCAAGCGGUCCAGCUGUUGCGACAAUGUGGACCGACGGUGAAGUUGCGGCUGUACCGAGAUCUGGCGCAAACCCCGGUCUCGGCACUCUCGCCCACCGAACCCGAUCACCCUCUCCGUCCGCCACGAACGAGUUUGAGACAAGAAGCUGUGGAUAUGCUGUGUGACUUAGCGGUUCGAAAACUAUCACCUGGUGCAUCAAGCGGAUCUAGUAGCUGCAAGCAACAAUCACCUGGUGCAUCGUGCAACUCGCCCCGAAGAUUACGUCGUCUCGCCACGCGCACUUCUACUGCCGAAACCGAUAAGGAAACCCCCGAGAGCAAGUUGCACGACAUGCAAACGACGUCGUCGACGGCCAGCCAAGCGGAGACCACGUCGGACUCGGACCAGUGCUCCGUCAGGACGCAAAUCACCAAUUCCCAGGCGAACACACCUGCGACCGACAUAAUCGAUCCGCCGCCGUUCUACGACGUCUGCGACAACGACGACGAAUCUAAGUCAGCCAAGUCGAACAAUGCAGCGUCCAGACCUCGCUUCCUCGAUUUGUCGGCCCCGCAGGGUAAGCCGCAUUUCCAAUUUUGCAGCGUUGACUCGGACGGUGAAUAUCCCGGGGACGGCGAAGUGAUUCUGGCCGAGGCGGAGCGCAGUCGGCUGGCCGAGCCGAGCUACGAUGACGAGAGGAGCGUGACGGUGCUGUCGAGCGACGAGCACGACAACGAUCUCCCGUCCGAGCCGGCUUCGAUGCCGCCGGUGCUCUCGUCCACCAGCAGCACCAGCACCGUCGCCUUCAGCUACAAAAACCCAGCUUAUCAAAGCGCUAAUCCAGCCUGCGGCAGCGCCGGCAGUGACCCGGCUGGAACCAAGAGCAAGGCCACACACUCGAGCGAUCAGGACAUCCCGGGAAAGAUUCUAGGAACUGACGACCCGGGCGGUAGCAAGGGUCUGUUGAAGUGGAAGGGCGUGAUGUUCGCUCCAAACGACGAGACAGACCACGGCACCGAGCACGAAGAAGAGGCCGGGAGAGACACCACGGAUUCGGUCGCUCCUAUCGAAGAUCUUGAACAAGGCAGCGAGGUGUUCAUGGUGGAGCUGACGCGUGGGUGGAACAGUCGGCUGGGUUUUAGCUUGCAGCCGGAAGGAAAUCGUACGGUGAUAUCGGUCGUGCAUCCUGACAGUGUCGCGGCUAAGGAUGGCAGACUCAGGCAGGGCGACGUAUUACUGAUGGUUAACGAGGAGACCGUGGAGGACAUGUCAACAGCUGAUAUAAUAGAUCUAUUGCGGAAGAUACGCGGCUCGAUAGGCAUCACGGUGAUGAGGAGAUCCAAACAAGAUAAUGUAACGUGACACUAGUCCAGUGCGUGAUCGAAACAGAAAAACCGAAAGAGAUAUGAUCUAAUCGAUAUUGUUCCUUAUCAAUGGAGCCACGGCGAGUUUGAUUUAGACGUAAGUCCGCCGUGAAGAAAGUUCAACCAGGAAAAGAGACGCUGAUUUUCCUCAACACGUUCGUUAAGUUUUAAAUAAUGAGAGAUGGUAGAAAUAAGUAGUAAUUAUUAUUAAAAAAAGAUAAAAAGAUUACAAAAGAAGAAAAUACAAUAAGAGAUGUCAUGAAUGGCGGAUUCUCGACGUUGAAAAAAAAAGUAAACCCGUCACUGUCAACGGUGAAGAACGUUCACGAAGUAGCAUCUUCGUGAGAUACUUUCGCUCUGUGAAAAGCAGCGCGGACGCCUCCGAUCGGAGAAAAAGGGAUCGUCUUCGACUCGGUCGAUCACAAAAGACUGCCGUCGAGAAAUGUUUGCAGAUGCCAUCCAGAUAAUAUCCCUGACGAAUAUCCGGAGAUAUAGAGUGAUUAGUUCCCGCGGGAUUCUUCCGAAAGGAAGCCAACUCGCCGAGGAUGCGGGACUAAGAUGUCGUCCUGGGGCAUCGCACUGAAUUCCCGGUUUCGCCCGCGAAUCAAUAUUAUUUACGAUUGCAGUUCCGCUGAAACGUGAUUAUAACGCGAUUCAUCCCAAAAGAACAUUCGACAUGCCGACCGCGCGACAGAUUGCGCAUUAAUUAUAGGAUAAUCGAAGUGCCCUCCCCUAAGUUUGAAUCUCUUCGAUCUCGAAUUAUCGGCGCUCAUUAAUAAUAUUCCUGAUAAUUUGCGGUGAUGUUCACGGAAGAGUGGCGGCCUCUUAUGAUUAAUGCGUAUUCUUCCAACGAAUUCGAGAAUCAAAAAGGAUCAAUCAAAAUACGAUUAGAGAGAAACAAUGCUGCGAAAUGAGACGCGAUCGGCUCAGUCGGAAACUAAUUAUCUAGCAGGAAAACGAUCUUAAUUACGAUCUUAUCUUUUUUACGAAAUUGCGGUAGAUAUUGUAUAUAGUUGUAAAAAGAUAUUCUUUUAAACAAUGUAAUGUUCACGAGCGUGGGAAGAAAAACUCAUUUGGGAGCUUGUAGUAGAUAUCUUACAUAUCUCUAUAAAUCGUGCAUAUUCUAUCAAUAUACUUAUUUGAAAAAAAAAGAAUUAGAGAGAAUUCUACAAAGGAUAGAAAUUUAAAUAGCAGAAGUAGCUGUAAGUGAAUUUGACGGUAAUGAUAUAAUUUUAUUUUUCCCUGACGUACACUUAAAAUAAUUCAACUUAUGACUAAAAUUAAUAUUGGAUUUCAUAUUUUUCCGAAGGCGCUGACAAUUCCUCCUCCGAUUCCUCCGAAAAUAGAGCUACGCUAAACAUGUACCGUGUAAAUACUGUAUUUUUAUCCCAGAAAGUGUAACUUUACCGAAAGAGCUUGUCUAUUAUCGCGAAUUCAUACGAAUAACAAAUGUAGAUUAAUUAAUUUUACCCCCCCCCCCCCGCCGUCGUGCAUGAGAAGUAAAUUUCACGUGAAUUCAUCGUGAGGCAGCUAACGUUUCGGCUUUAACUUCGUCCAUUCGUGAUUAGAUGAGAAUUUACAAUAAUUAAUAUUCGUAAUUAAAGCGUGUGAUAAAAGGAACUCGACGGAGUUUCCUUACUCAAGCGGAAGAGAUAAUCUAUUUUCAGGAAUUUCCCUUUAAUGAUGAAAUAAAAUUUAUAAAUAAAGUAAUAAAUUUAACUGACUAAAUAAAUAGUAAGAGACAAUUGGCCUUUCUUGCGGCGAAGUUAGUUUUUUCGCCGUAUUAAUAUUUAACUUCUUUGAGGCUGCUAUCUCUGGUCUCUUAGCGAAUCAAAAGACAAUCUAUCGUAAGCGCCAGGAACGAGUGAAUCGUGAAUGGGUCGCUGACGAAUCUGACGAUAAAUGAAUUGUGACUACUGCUUGUAAGAUAAUGUCUCACGCAUCUCUAUACAUUUCGAUCUUCCCCGGGAAGACCGGCAGAUAGCUACGCACGGGAUAAAAGCUAGAAUCGCUUGUAGCAUGUAUACUUGAGGGAUGUAUCAACGUUCGAGUAACUACCUCGCGUGAUGCCAUACCACAGCGGAACAGAGACUAUUGUUAAUUGCGCGAAUCUGUUUAAGGAAAAAGAUAUUUUAUGCCUGAAAGCAUGUAUUUCCUGAUCUUAUGUAUAUGUAUCCUUAAUCAUGUAAUGUCAAAUGAUCACAGAAGAAAUGAUACUGAUCAUUCUAUCAAACGGUUAAUGUUGUAGAAAAAAACCGCUAAAUAGGGGAGCUAGAGACAGAAGCUUGUCAAAGUACACGAACCGUUUAACAUUGUUACAUCAACGACGCUUCCCGAGCCGUAGAAAAAUUUUCGUUCCUACGAUAAUGACACACCUCGCACGCAAGCGAGGAGAGAGGUGUCGGCACGAUAUAAAGUUUUAACAAUCUAUAACAGUGCAAUAAUAUUAAGUAAAACUUAGAUGAGAACGAUAUGUAAUGAAUGUGAUAGUCGUUCCGUUUAGAACAUUAGCGCUGUAAAUCUACAAACUUAGACGAGUUUAUCGUGCGAAUUACACAGUAUGUACAUAAAGUUAAUUGUACAAUUGUAUAAAUCGAUACCAAAGUUGUACUAAUAUCAAAGUUGUGUAAUAUCAAAGACGAAUAUUUUACUGUGUAACCGAUUGUUAGAGACGGGCAGCUAUAUUUUGACAUUACGUUAAGCUUAUUAAAUUAUUGUUAGAAUCUAUGAACAUACAUUCGAGAUAUGUGUGUAAGUUUUAUCGAAAGUUGCACCGAUCGUUUUAUCGUUCAAUCUCUUUCCUGUUUGGUAUUAUAUGUACAUAUAUAUGUAUGCAUAUGUAUAUAUGUGUAUAUGUAUACAUGUGUAUAUGCAUAUUGAAUAUAUAUAUACAUAUAUUCAAUAAAAUUGUUUCUUUGAUAAUGAUUUCAAUACUAUUCCUAACAACACACUCAAAUGACAUAGUAAAAUAUAUAGGAAUAGGAAAUAUAUUGCGAAUAUAUCGAA